UCCGCGCGCGCGUGUGAGAGAGAGAGAGAGAGAGAGAGAGAGAGAAGGCCGCUUGUCCGCGCGCGCCGCCCCAGUGCGCUGUGGGAUACUGGAAGUCUAGAGCGUGUCCUCCGGCCGGCCGGCGCUGCCCCCGCCGCCGCCCCCCUCGCGAUAAGAGAGCCGGCGGCAGGAGAGGGGAUGAAGAUGGCGGACGCGAAGCAGAAGCGGAACGAGCAGCUCAAGCGCUGGAUCGGCUCCGAGACGGACCUGGAGCCGCCGGUGGUGAAGCGCCAGAAGACCAAGGUGAAGUUCGACGAUGGCGCCGUCUUCCUGGCCGCCUGCUCCAGCGGCGACACGGACGAGGUGCUCCGCCUGCUGCACCGCGGCGCCGACAUCAACUACGCCAAUGUGGACGGGCUCACCGCCCUGCACCAGGCUUGCAUUGAUGACAAUGUGGAAAUGGUGAAGUUUCUGGUGGAAAAUGGAGCAAAUAUUAAUCAACCUGAUAACGAAGGCUGGAUACCACUGCAUGCAGCUGCUUCUUGUGGAUAUCUUGAUAUUGCAGAGUUUUUAAUCGGCCAAGGAGCACAUGUAGGCGCUGUCAACAGUGAAGGGGACACUCCUUUAGAUAUUGCUGAGGAGGAGGCGAUGGAAGAACUACUGCAAAAUGAAGUGAACCGACAAGGAGUUGACAUAGAAGCAGCUCGAAAGGAAGAAGAGCGGAUCAUGCUGAGAGACGCCAGGCAGUGGCUGAACAGCGGUCACAUCAGUGACGUCCGGCACGCCAAGUCCGGAGGCACAGCGCUCCACGUGGCUGCUGCUAAAGGCUACACAGAAGUUUUAAAACUUUUAAUACAGGCAGGCUAUGAUGUUAACGUCAAGGACUAUGAUGGCUGGACUCCUCUUCACGCCGCGGCUCACUGGGGUAAAGAAGAAGCUUGUCGCAUCUUAGUGGACAAUCUGUGUGACAUGGAGAUGGUCAACAAAGUGGGCCAAACAGCCUUUGACGUAGCAGAUGAAGACAUUUUAGGCUAUUUAGAAGAGUUGCAAAAGAAGCAGAAUCUGCUGCAUAGUGAAAAACGGGAGAAGAAAUCUCCUCUAAUUGAGUCAACAGCCAAUAUAGACAAUAAUCAGUCACAGAAGACCUUUAAAAACAAAGAGACACUGAUUAUUGAGACAGAGAAAAAUGCAUCCCGUAUUGACUCUCUAGAACAAGAAAAGGUUGAUGAUGAGGAAGAAGGAAAGAAAGAUGAGUCUAGCUGCUCUAGCGAAGAAGACGAAGAAGAUGACUCCGAGUCAGAAGCGGAAACAGAUAAGACAAGACCCGUGGCUUCUGUAACUAAUGUCAGUACUGCAAGUACACCAGCAGCUCCUGUAGCUGUGACACCUACUGUCUCGUCUGGCCAGGCAACUCCCACGUCACCUGUUAAAAAGUUUCCGACCUCCACUACUAAAAUUUCUCCCAAAGAAGAAGAGAGGAAAGAUGAGUCUCCUGCAUCAUGGAGGUUAGGACUCAGAAAGACUGGCAGUUACGGCGCACUGGCCGAAAUCACAGCAUCUAAAGAGGCACAGAAAGAAAAAGACAUGACAGGUGUCAUGCGUUCUGCAUCAAGCCCCAGGCUUUCCUCCUCUUUGGAUAACAAAGAAAAGGAAAAAGAUAGCAAAGGAACUCGCCUCGCCUAUGUCGCCCCUACAAUACCAAGACGGCUGGCCAGCACGUCUGACAUUGAAGAAAAAGAAAACAGAGACUCUUUAAGUUUGCGAACAAGUAGUUCUUACACAAGAAGGAAAUGGGAAGAUGACCUCAAAAAGAAUAGUUCAGUCAAUGAAGGCUCAACUUACCACAGAAGUUACUCCUUUGGUAGAAGACAAGAUGAUUUGAUUAGUUCUAGUGUUCCAAGCACCACAUCAACACCAACAGUUACCUCUGCAGCUGGGCUUCAGAAAAGCCUGCUCCCCAGCUCAAGCACUCCUACAAAGAUUGCAGCGGGCUCUUCCUCAGCAGGCACACAAAGCAGUACCUCAAAUCGUUUGUGGGCUGAGGAUAGUACUGAGAAGGAAAAGGACAGUGUCCCCACGGCAGUGACCAUUCCCGUUGCUCCAACUGUUGUAAACGCUGCGGCCUCUACCACAACCCUGACUACUACUACUGCCGGCACUGUCUCCUCUACGUCAGAGGUCAGGGAGAGACGCAGAUCAUACCUCACUCCUGUUAGAGAUGAAGAGUCUGAAUCCCAAAGAAAAGCAAGAUCCAGGCAAGCAAGACAGUCGAGAAGAUCGACACAGGGAGUGACAUUAACUGAUCUUCAGGAAGCGGAAAAAACAAUAGGACGAAGUCGUUCUAUCAGAACCAGAGAACCAGAAAAUGAAGAAAAAGAAAAAGAGGAAAAAGAAAAGCAGGAUAAAGAGAAGCAGGAAGAAAAGAAGGAGUCAGAAUUAUCUAGAGAAGAUGAAUUAAAACAGAAAUACUCCAGAACGUAUGAUGAGACCUGCCAGCGUUACAGGCCAGUGUCGACUUCCAGUGUGACCACUCCAUCCUCUUCGCUUUCCACCAUGAGCAGCUCUCUCUACACAUCGAGUCAGCUAAGCAGACCAAACAGUCUCAUAGGGAUAACUUCUGGCUACUCCAGAGGCUUAACAAAAGAAAAUGAACGAGAGGGGGAGAAGAAAGAAGAGGAAAAAGAAGGAGAAGACAAAUCCCAGUCAAAAUCAGUCAGAGAACGACGGAGGCCAAGAGAGAAAAGAAGAUCUACAGGAGUUUCAUUCUGGACACAAGAUAGUGAUGAAAAUGAACAAGAACAGCAGUCAGAUACAGAAGAAGGAUCCAAUAAGAAAGAAACUCAGACGGAUUCCAUUUCUAGAUAUGAAACCAGUUCCACUUCGACUGGUGAGCGGUCUGAUUCCUCGCUGGGCCGCUCAGGAUCAUACAGUUACUUAGAGGAGAGAAAGCCUUACAGCAGCAGACUAGAGAAGGACGUGUCGACUGACUUUAAAAAGCUUUAUGAAAAAAUCCUAGCUGAAAAUGAAAAGCUAAAAGUUCAGCUGCAUGACACAAACAUGGAACUGACAGAUCUUAAAUUGCAGUUGGAAAAAGCCACCCAGAGACAAGAAAGGUUUGCUGAUAGGUCACUAUUGGAAAUGGAAAAAAGGGUGACCAGCAGGAGUCAGUACCUUCUGGGCGGAACGAAGAGCACUAGAAAGAAGAAUAUCUGAAAUGGAAGAAGAGCUCAAAAUGUUGCCAGACCUAAAAGCAGACAACCAGAGGCUAAAGGAUGAAAAUGGGGCCUUGAUCAGAGUUAUAAGCAAACUUUCCAAAUGAAAAAAAGAAAAGAAAGAAGAGAGAAAGAGAAAAAAAAAAAAAAAAAAAAAAAGCAGCAAGUAAUGGAAUUGCACCUGUCAGUAGCCCAGUGGACCAUAAUGGGCAGUCAGUGGAAGUCUGGGAAGAAUCCUUGCAGACUGUCAUUUCCCGAUAUCCUGCCAAAUGCCCUCUUAUCUAGGACUUGUUUCAUUAAUUUUUUUUCUUGUAUCAAGACCAUUGUUUGAUGUUAUUACAGCUGCUGAGAAGAUUUUUUUUUUUUUUCUAAAAGACUGAGAAAACUUGUUUACAGACCCAGCAUAUAAGGAAAGUGUUCAAGGCCAGCUAUGCCUCCGAUAUUGAACCAGUAAGCCUUAGUUGUACAUAAGUACUUUGUGUCAACAAACAAACAACCUUCAGCUCCCACAGAAGACAGUUAUCCAGCAUUUUUUGAUGUGCCACAGUUUCCAGUUGUUUUUUUUUUAUAUUUAAUAUAUAUAUAUAUUUUUUUUUUUGCUUUACAUUUAAGUUUGAGUUUGUUUUGUUUUUAUUUUUUCUUCUAACUCUUCAUGUGGCAGAUUUGUCUGUUUUCACAGCUUUCUCCUACAGGGGAAAAAAAAAGGCGCAAAAAAAAAAAAACCACUUAACUCUUCUGAGAUCAUUGCUAAUGCUAUGUUGUCUCCCACUGGGACCUAAGUGGCCUGGUGGAACAUUGGCUUUCACUGUUUGUGCAAUAUGCAUUUAUUUCCUAUAUAAAUGCUUUAACGUCCAAGGAGAUUAGUUUCUUUUAAGCCCUGUUUCCUGCCUUCAUUGGUCACUUUUGUUUUCAUUUUGUUCUUUUCUUACUGUAGCAUAAUAAGACGUUAGGGUCUGUAACCUUCACAUUCAUUUUAGCAGGUACUGAGUGACGUUGUAUAUAUAGAUACUUGUUUUGAUUUUUUUUUUUUUUUAGAACAUCACAUGGCAUGCUUGACUGUGUUUUUAUUUCAAAUGUCUGUUAUUGCAAAGUAGGCGACUCCAUAAUAGUGUUAAAAAACAAAAUUUGCAAACAAAUGUGCGAAGAGACUUUAACGGUAACACAUUGUGUGGGGAGCUGUCUUUACAAAAGUUUUCUACUGUAAAGUGCUUUUACUUUUAUUUUCAGUUUUUGUUUGAUAGUUUUCAACCAUAAUGAAAGUGGCAUAGAUAAUUGCUUCACAUUUCACAUCCCUGUAUUUAUCUGAGUGCUGUCUAGAACUGUUGUGUUAGCCAAAGUAAUGCUAUGAAAUCAUUUGCAGACUUUACCUGAGUUAUGUUAAAUGCACUGUUACUGCCAUGUGAAGAGGCAUUGACUUUGAUACCACCACCAUCAUGUUCAGACCAUUUUGUACAUUUCAGUGGCCUUUUUAAAAGAAAAAAGAAAAACCCAGUACACGUAGUGAAGAUGGCUUUGAUUUGGACAAACAGCCUUUAUAUUUUCAUUAAACCAUGUGAGGAAAAAAAGAAUUACAUCUUUCUGGCACAUAACUGUCUCAACCACUGAACAGUUUAGCCAUUUGAAUAAAGUGUACAUUGUAAAGCUUAUAGUAGCUAACUGUAUUAUUGACUGUAUUGUAUAUUAUAUUAAAUGUGAAUUUGUACCCCUUCGUUUUAAAAGGUCAUUGUGUUCUACUGCCUAUUUUCAGUUACUUUGAGUUUGGAAAAAGGGUUUUUUGGUAAGCGGGACUGUUAAGUCCUCUCUUUUGAUUGGUUUUAUGAAGAUGUAAGGUUUAUGCUCUUAUACUACCAAGCUCAGGAUUCAUGCUUUUUUAAAGGUACAAGGAUAGUUGUGGGAACUUUGAUUUUUUUUUUGGGGGGGGGGGUUAUAUUCGAACUGUAUGAAUGGUGGAUCUGAAUAUGGAGAAUCUCCGUGGUGUUGGAUGGACAUGAGUCUACAGAUGACUGAUGAGGUUGAGUGACUGAGACCUGUCCCGGGUGCACAACAGUUAGGCACGCAAAGGGUUCUGCUUGUGAAGUUUGGAUGCCUGUGAAGAAUGAUGAUUAGAUACAUGUUUCUAAUAUUUUAGUGUUUUGUACUUAGGUUAUUUAUUCUUUGUAUCUAAAACUGAACAGCUACUGUGCUCUAUUGAUUUUAUUGGUCGUACUGAGCAGACCUUGUUUCUGCAUGAAACCCGUCGCAAAACCCACUAUUUUGGAAAUAAAAAUGUAUUUUGACAUAUACAAAUAAAAUAAAUAAAACUA